CAGUUGGGUUUGCAUCCUGCGGGGGCUGAUAAGAAAGGUCAUGUCAGGAAGCUAAGAAAGCCACAACACUGUCAAAAAGAAAGAAAUUUGUCUGAUGACAAGCCUUUGUUUUUUAGGCACUUCUUUAGCAUUAGCAUGCUCACAGGAUGUUUUAUUAUCUUUUCUGUUGUCAUUUGAAUUGGCUUCAUGUCUCUGCUAUGGCUACUGAUGUCAGUGCUCCUUGUGGAAUCUGUGGCAGCCAUGUUUGCGGGCCGGGCGUCAGUGGCAGGAGUUGCAGUGGGCUCGUGCUCUGGCGCCAAAGGUGCCAAGUUCUCUGUGGAAGAGCUGUAUGGCUUCACCAAGAAGCCCAAAGUGACCAGAGGGCAUUGUGGGAAAGCGGACAAGGCCGACAGCAGGAAGGAGAGCAAAGAGAAGGGAGAAUCUGUGCUGGCGUCUCACAUCUUGGAGGCAGCCAGGAGGGUGAUGGAGCAAAGAAGGCUGGAGAUGUACCUGAAGGAGUGUGAUGUCACCAUGGAGGAGAGCGGCAUGGCGUACAGGAACCUUGGAAAAUCUGGACUCAGAGUGUCCUGCUUAGGACUAGGUGACCACUGCAUCUCACACACACUAACACACACACACACAGACGUGAUGUGGGGUUUAUUUUUUGUCUCCGCAGGAACAUGGGUGACGUUUGGCUCUCAGAUCUCAGACGAGAUGGCGGAGAGUGUGAUGACGGUGGCGUACGACAGCGGCAUCAACUUGUUCGACACGGCUGAAGUAUAUGCCUCUGGCAGGGCUGAAACAACUUUGGGAAACAUCUUGAAGAAAAAAGGAUGGCGGAGGUCCAGCUAUGUGGUGACCACAAAGAUCUACUGGGGAGGACACGCAGAGACAGAGCGAGGGUUGUCACGGAAACACAUCAUUGAAGGGCUACGCGGUUCUCUCACCAGGCUCCAACUGGAAUAUGUUGACAUCGUCUUCGCCAACAGGAGUGACAUCAAUGCACCCAUGGAGGAGGUAGUGCGAGCGAUGACCUUUGUGAUCGAUCAGGGCAUGGCUAUGUACUGGGGGACCUCACGCUGGAAUGCUGUGGAAAUCAUGGAAGCGUACUCCGUAGCUCGACAGUUUAAUCUGGUUCCUCCCGUCUGUGAGCAGGCCGAGUAUCACUACUUCCAACGAGAAAAAGUAGAACUACACUUGCCUGAACUUUACCAUAAGAUUGGUGUUGGAGCAAUGACUUGGUCACCAUUAGCCUGCGGAAUACUAACAGGAAAAUACAACAAUGGCGUCCCUCAGAGCUCCAGAGCUGCCAUGAAGGGUUACACAUGGCUGAAGGAGCGUCUUUGCAGUGACGAAGGCAAACAGCAGCUGAGAAAAGUCAAGGAGCUACAUCUGCUGGCUGACAGACUCAGCUGCACCCCCGCUCAGCUGGCCAUUGCCUGGUGUCUGCGCAGCCAAGGUAUCAGUUCGGUUCUGCUCGGCGUCUCCAAUACGGAUCAGCUGCUGGAGAACAUCAACUCCAUCAAGGUAAGCGAUACAGAUGCCGACCAGACACCUCAGACACUGACCACUUCCUGUUCCGUUGUAGGUCCUGUUGCAGCUGACUCCGCCCCUCAUCGCAGAGAUAGACGCUUUGCUCGGCAACAAGCCACAAAAAUCCAAGAAGGAGGUGAGAUGUUGAGCAAGACUCAGUGAUUGGGCCGAGGGGAUGGAGACAACGUGGACAGGAAGUUGACGACUGCCAAAGUCAUCCCAAAUAUGCCACUUCCUGUCGGGCUGUUCAUCCUUGUCUCCAUGUUAGACUUCUUUCAUCAAGUGUUCAAAAUAAUGUGAUGCUUUUAUAUUAAUAUUUCAUGUUAAUUUGUGACCUUCCUGACCUCAAAGUGUCCAUGAUGUUUACCUUGUGUGCACGUGUGUGUGUGUGUGUGUGUCUGAUGGUGGGGGGUGGGGGUGGGGGUGGGGGUGGGGGGGGCAAAGCAAUACACACAGUUAAAUACAAAGACAAAAUGUCCCACUACCGCAAGAAAUUAUUUUUUUUCUCCUCAUCAGGGCGUGUUCAUAUUCUGAAACUGUUUAUUGCCCCGCCCACUCUUUGUCUUACAACCAAUGGGUAACAAGGAGUCAACUUGUUUCAUUUAGAGCUUGUUACCACUAAAGGUAAGCGAUACUACAUAUUUUGGUAUCAAUCUCAUAACAAGUACAAACACGAGCAUUAUCGCCGAUACAAAUACUUUUUACUUGGACAUUUUUUAAGAUCAUUGAAUGAUUGUGAUGUUUGGCUUUAAUUUGUUGAUCAUUAUUAUAAUCAUAGUAAAACACGGGACAAAGAGUCUAAGCAAAUACCAAAAAAAUUGUAUCAAACCACCUAUUUCUAAGUUGCACGUGACGUCACAUCCGGUUGUAGUCACUGGCUCAAGCAGACGGGGGUAAAAUUAGCGUAUUUGUAGAAUAUAGAAGUCAGAAGGAAAAUGCCGUAUACAUGCGCUUUUUGCAUGUGGACAUCAUUCUGCCGAAUCUGUCUGUCUUGUCAAGUGGAGCCGAGUCUGUAGAUGCUCGAGUUUGCAACAUUUAUACUAAACCAAAAUUCUAAUAUUGUUUGAACUUCAAAAUGCUCAUGAAAAUGGGAAAUGCAGUAAGAAUUGCCUGACAGUAGAAAACUUUAGAUUGGUCAUUUCUUCAUACCGCUUCAUCUAAAUGCUCUAACUGUGUAAGUGCCCAGUUAUUCAAUAAACACCAUAAACAAACACAAGAUUACGACUGCUCUGUCGCAUGAAAAUAAAAUGGAAAAGUAACAUAUAAGAGAGGAGAUAGUCUGCACUCAUCCCUAACACUAGACUAACAGAACACACACCCUCACCUGUUUAAAACAAAUAUUUCUAGAAACAAACGGUCGUCCUGGCAGAGCCAUACAAUCUAGUAGCAAAUACGGACCACUCAUGUCACCUGAAGGCUACUGGCAAGGACCUUAAUUGGGUGGCAAUUGCGUUGUUUACAUCAAAUUAAUUAUUAAAUUAUCACCAUCCAUUGCUCCGUAUAUCCGGGUCGCAGGGGCAACAGUCUCAGUAGUGGAGUCCAGGCUUCCCAGGUCCCGCUCACCUCUUCCAGUUCCACCGGGAGGACACCAAGGCAUUGCCAGGCCAGCUGUGAGCCAUAAACCUGCCAGCAUGUCCUAGGUCUGUCCGGGGGCCUCCUUCCAGCUGGGCAUGCCCUGAACACCUCACCAGGGAAAAGUGAAAAUGAGAGGAAAUGUGAAUAUUAACUUUGCAAGUUGAUUUCGGUGUGUGCCCCUAAAUGUUUUGCUUGUGCUCCUAAAAUGUUAAGUUAGGGGCCAAUGUGCUCCUGGUAAAAAAAAGUUAGUCUGGAUCCUUGCUAUUUGUAAAAAAUAAACAGAGAACUGAAAAAUAUUGAUUUCACCAGGAUUAUUGAUCUGAAACUGGUACACUGGUAUCGAUAACGAUUCAAUAUAGGUACUACCCUAGUAUCAAUAAUUUCGAUAUUUGGAUGGCCCCUCGUUACUACUUUCGCUGACACCCUUGUCCCAAAAAUUAAAGUCAUUAUAUGUUUCUGUUUUCUUUU